AUGCCGGACAGCUGGAACACAUCUUCAGACAGCUUAGAAGCGCGCACCGCGGGCAUUAUCGUGCCAGUGGUCUUCUCCCUCAUCUUCCUCGUGGGCACAGUCGGGAAUGGCCUGGUGCUGGCUGUGCUUCUCCGCAACGGGCAGGUGAAAUACAACACCACCAACCUGUUCAUCCUCAACCUGGCCGUGGCGGACCUCUGCUUCAUCCUCUUCUGUGUCCCUUUCCAGGCCACCAUCUACACGCUGGAUGGGUGGCUCUUCGGGGCCUUUGCCUGCAAGGCUGUGCACUUCCUCAUCUACCUCACCAUGUAUGCCAGCAGUUUUACCCUGGCAGCUGUUUCUGUUGACAGGUAUUUGGCUAUCCGUUACCCACUGAAAUCCCGGGAUCUCCGCACCUCUCGCAAUGCAGCUCUUGCCAUUGUCAUGAUCUGGACAGUGUCGCUGCUUUUCGCAGGGCCGUACCUCAGCUACUACCAAAUAGUCCACUAUCAGGAGGUGCCCAUUUGUGUCCCUAUUUGGGAAGACCAACGCCGCAAGAUCUUAGAUAUCCUCACCUUUGUAUUUGGCUAUGUCCUCCCGGUCAUUGUCGUCAGUCUGGCUUAUGCUAGGACCAUUAAGUUUUUGUGGACUGCUGUGGACCCCAUUGAGAGAAUCUCAGAGUCCCGUAAAGCAAAGCGCAGGGUCACCAAGAUGAUUAUCGCUGUGGCUGUCCUCUUUUGCCUGUGCUGGCUGCCCCACCACCUGGUGAUCUUGUGCUUCUGGUUUGGCUAUUUCCCCUUUAACCGAGCUACUUAUGCCUGCCGCCUGGCUUCUCAUUGCCUGUCCUACGCCAAUUCCUGCCUCAACCCGAUUGUCUACGCUCUCAUCUCCAAACACUUCCGCAAGAGGUUCAAGCAGGUUUUCACCUGCCUUCUGGUCCAGGGCAAGAACAGAAAGAAACGAGCUGACAACAAGGUCCACGUGGCCAAUGUUGCCAAUGGUUUGGUCAACCACACAGCAGGCGCCUAUGGAGGGAACACUGAGGUAACUCAGCUUCAUGAGGAAAAUAUGAGAUGCUACCAGGGUCUGUUGCUGAGAGAAGCUGAAGGGGCUCUUCCAGAGGCAUGGCCUCAGCAGUUACAAGAUACUGCCCUCUUUGAGCAGAGAGGGCUCAUGGAUGAAGAAGGUUCUGGAACAACCAGAAACAAUCCACUGGAUGCAACACCACAUGGAGGGCUGUAA